ACGUGGUAGGCGGGACUCAAACAUGGGGGUGAAGCAAAGCAAAGCUGGGAACAACAAGAAGACAGUCAGUGAGGGAUUAUCGUUAAACUCCUUUGACCCACACGGACGAAAUGCUUACCUUUGAAGCUGUGCCUGUCGUCUUCCCCCUUCGCACUCUGCUUGUUCGCUCACUGUGGACGUUUUCCGCACGAAGGCCCGAGCCAAUGUUGAGUUUGUGCUAGCCGUGUGACGUUAGCUUGUGCGGCUAGCUGGCGACUUAAAACAACUUGUCAACAGGCGAUCGAUCGGCGGUGCAAGUCGGGGACGGUUUUCGUCACUUGUUCGUCACACCCCGGGUAAACUUUGCAGGCGCGUCCACUGCUUGUGAACCUGCAGCACUUUAGAGAGAGUGGGCUAUGAUGGCAACGUGACAGGAGCUUCGUCAGCUUCAACAGGAACCAUGGAAGGGUUACAGCAAACUGCUACAGAGCAGCACAACAGGGUCAACGGCUACUGUCAGCCAAAUUCCCCCCAGGAUACGGCUGAUGUUAGGUGGCUGGCACCAGAGGUGGAGUCCAGGGGUUCAGACAGCUGCGGGGCUGCGAGUGUGUCUGAUCACACGGACCUAGAAGACUUGAAAGCCAGGGAGAGUGAAGAUGGGGAGGACAAGGAAGAACAGGAGGACUCAUCUGGUCAGAGGGGGGACCAGGAGAGAAAAGAAAGUCCAGAUGAAGAAAACAAUCACAGCAGUGCAGCAUCCAGCUACACUGACCUUUCCCACACGCCAUCGCCCUCGCUGUCAGAGCAGCUGCGUCUGGUUCGAGAAGACAGCGCAGCCUCUGGCAUUAGCGUGGAGUGUAAGGUCUGUGGGGACAAGGCCUCUGGCUUCCACUAUGGUGUACAUGCCUGUGAGGGUUGUAAGGGCUUUUUCCGACGAACUGUGCGGAUGAAAUUGGAAUAUGAGCGCUGCGAGCGUUCCUGCAAGAUUCAGAAGAAGAAUCGCAACAAGUGCCAAUAUUGUCGUUUCCAGAAGUGCCUGUCUUUGGGAAUGUCUCAUGAUGCAAUCAGAUAUGGUCGCAUGCCUGAGGCGGAGAGGAAGAAGCUGGUGGCCGGCCUGCUUGCAGAGGAGGUAAAUCCCGGCAAAGCGGGGGGCUCAGACUUGAAAACUUUGGCCAAACAAGUCAACACAGCAUACUUGAAGAACCUCAGUAUGACCAAGAAGAGGGCCCGCAGCAUCCUUAUGGGAAAAACCAGCAGCACCUCGCCAUUUGUGAUCUAUGAUGUGGACACACUCUGGAAGGCUGAAAGUGGUUUGGUAUGGAGCCAGUUACUUCCAGGCGCUCCCCUGGCCAAGGAGAUAGGGGUCCAUGUGUUUUACCGCUGCCAGUGCACCACAGUGGAGACGGUGCGAGAGCUCACCGAGUUUGCCAAGAGCAUUCCAGGGUUUGUCGACCUCUACCUUAAUGACCAGGUGACGUUGCUGAAGUAUGGCGUACACGAGGCUAUUUUUGCGAUGCUGCCAUCUCUCAUGAACAAAGAUGGACUCUUGGUGGCCAACGGUAAAGGCUUUGUGACCAGGGAGUUCCUGCGCAGCUUAAGAAAGCCUUUCAAUGAAAUCAUGGAGCCCAAGUUUGAGUUUGCUGUCAAGUUUAACGCUUUGGAGCUGGAUGACAGUGACCUGGCCCUCUUUGUUGCUGCCAUUAUCCUCUGUGGAGAUCGCCCUGGUUUGAUGAACGUCAAGCAGGUGGAGCAGAGUCAGGAUAACAUCCUCCAGGCCUUGGACCUCCACCUGCAAGCAAACCACUCUGACUGUGUCUACCUCUUCCCCAAGCUGCUGCAGAAGAUGGCUGACCUGCGCCAGCUUGUUACUGAGAAUGCUCAGCUUGUCCAAAAGAUCAAAAAGACUGAAUCAGAAACCUCGCUCCACCCUCUUCUGCAGGAGAUCUACAAAGACAUGUAUUAGGCGCACACACUGCUUUUAGCAAUACUGUUACAGACUGAAUACACACUUAUAACAAUACACUGUGUUCAGUACAAACACUGUUCCAUGUAAGGUCAUGUGCAGAUGUUGCCAAGUCAAAUGUCGUCAUCACCAAGUGUCAUUUGUGCAUGUGUGAUGAGCAUCUGGAAUGAUUUGCUGCAAGUCCCUCUUUUCCACAAAGGUCACAUAACUGUGAGAAUGGUAUGUUUUCUUACCGAAGCUGCUCCCGUUUCAACCCGAGAGCAUUGCUGAGCCAAUAGCAGUGUUUUUAAGAGAGCUUCUCUCUCACCCGGCUCAGCGGUUUGUUGGAAAUGGGAAACAUUUCAUGUUACAUAUAAAGUGCUGCUGAGGUGAGCCAUCCGUUUGGAUAUUGACAGGCCUCAGUUUUUGGUCAAAGUUAAAUAUGCACAGGUUGCUUUUUGUUUACAUCAUCAUCAUCAAUCAGUGACCUCUAUCUUUGCCACAAACUUGACAGGCUACAGCUGCAUAGAGCUCCCUUAAAUGCGGCUCUGUGUGCAAUAACAUCCAUUUGUCAAUGGACAUUCAAGUUAUGUAGGUUUUAUUUCAAAGCCAUCCACUCACUCUCAUGCAAAACUAACUGCUUCACCCAUUCUGUUUGUAAAGGAGGCACUAUACACACACGACUCUCUCAAGUACAAGGGACAGUCCUUGUGUUUAGAUAGAAAUGCAAAUUAUUACAAGCUGACAUUUUCUGUUUCUUUUUCUUAAUUACUCUUUGUAAUUAUGCCGAAUUAUUUGUAAUUGUUGAUUAUAUUUGUGAAACAUGAACAAUCACAUCAUCUGUAUUGGACUGUAUGGUUUAUUUCUAUUUGGUUCACCAAAUAUACCAUCAAGUAUGCCAACCAACUUUUCCUUGGUGAGGAAUUUCACACGUUGGUAUAUAUGGCAUAUUAUUUAGAUUUUUACUUAUGAAACCAGAGCAGUAUUUCACAAACUGACUCUGCCUUAAGAGUCUCAGUUUUUUUGUACUUUGAUUUGUCCUUCAGCUGUAAUUUUGCAAGUGUUUCUCAUUUGCUUUUGAGCUUUCUUUUCUUCAUCCAAAUGAUCCACCCUCAUUCAUCUUAAUCUACCUCUAUUGUAUGACAAUAUCCCACUCUCAUCUCCACACUUGCCUUAAUUCCUUCAAAUGAUUUCAAACAUUUUCUUAAUAGUGGCUGUUGUGGAAAAGAUUAUAUAUUCUAAGAAGGACAAUAUCUGAAAUAAAGAUGAAACAACUUGCAAUUUAUCUUUGUGAAGAGGUCAGAUCCAGAGUGCUGAGUGGUCUGUAUAGGUGUCUGGCAAAGAGUGGCUUUCCAACAUAGACUGAUGCAAAUUCAUGCAAAUGAAUUACAUUGAUUCAACAUGACAAAAGUGAUGACACCAUGUGCUGCAUGUUCCUGGCAAGAAGUAAAGGUAUACUUUUGAGUAGGUGUCAAGCCCCCCACCUGGUUCACACCUUGCUAGUGGUCUAUAUGUAUAAAGCUUGAUCAGCUUGAGUUUACCAAUUGCUUAUCACACCUUUGGAGCAGCACCACUGCUUGAAAGUGAAUUAUUUUACAUAGUAAUACACCAGGGGCGGAUCUAGCUUUUUCAAAAAGGGG